AUGGAUGGUUUUGACUAUUCCACUGCUCCCCCGGAGUAUCUCGAGCACAAAUGGCUCGUGAACAUCUUUAUCAUAGGAAUGACUGCCGGCUGGAUCGUCCACUAUGUGGACAUGGCAUAUACGUCCUUCAAAGACCGUACGUACAGCAUGACCAUUGCAGGCCUCUGCGCGAAUUUUGCCUGGGAAAUUGUGUAUUGCAUAAUAUAUCCCGCAAAGGGUUUCUGCGAGUGGGCUGCCUUCGGCUUAGGACUGCUUUUAGACCUGGGUGUUAUCUACUCGGCCAUGAAGAACGCCCCGAAUGAAUGGCGCCAGUCCCCUAUAGUGGGGAACAAUAUGUUUCUAGUUUUCGCAUCAAUGACGGUCUUUUUUCUGACUGGGCAUCUGGCUCUGGUGGCCCAACUGGGGCCUGGUCUAGCCUAUUCGUGGGGGGCUGUUCUAUGCCAGCUUCUUAUCAGCGUUGGGGAUGUGUUCCAGUUGUUGACCCGAGGAAAUACUCGUGGCGCGUCGUGGAGAUUAUGGAUCUCUCGAUUCUCGGGGUCAACAUCGACCGUGGCUUUUGCCUUCAUUCGAUACUUGUAUUGGCCAGGAUCAUUUUCCUGGCUCAACAGCCCGCUCAUGCUGUGGUCCGUGUGUAUUUUUUUCUUAUCCGAGUUUCUCUAUGGGAUUCUUUUCCUCUCCAUCAGACGCUAUGAAGAGGCCUCUCAGCAUCAGGUCAAGUAUAAGGGGAAAUGAGUCCAUUCUCGAGGUUGCCAUUGACAACAUGGCUGGCUGGAAUCAAGGUCGGGUAGGUGGACGGAUGAAUACCGACUUCACAAUCGGAA